AAGAAAUUGAGGAAGUGGUCGGAAACCAGAACAUUGUGGAGGAAUCUCAUUUGCCCAAACUGAUAUAUUUGGAUGCAGUCAUAAAAGAGACACUCCGACUACAUCCAACAGCUCCCUUCCUGGUGCCCCGCAACCCCAGCAAGGAUUGUUGCAUAGCCGGAUACACAAUCCCUCAAGGCUCCAAAAUCUUGAUUAAUUUAUGGAAAAUUCAGAGGGACCCUGAGGUUUGGGAAAACCCUUCGGAGUUUGAACCGGAGAGGUUCUUGAAAGAGCCAGAAAAAGGUGAUUACCAUGGAAACUUUUUUUAUUUUCUUCCUUUUGGGUCUGGGAGGAGAAUUUGUUCGGGUCUUCCUCUAGCUGAGAGAAUGAUGAAGUAUGCGUUGGCUACUCUGUUGCACACUUUUGAAUGGGAAAUACCGAUUGAGGUGGAGCUUGAUGUAUCUGAGAAAUUUGGAUUUGUUAUGAAGAAAAUGAACCCUCUAGUUGCCAUACCUAUUCCAAGAUUAGCUACUUUGGAGCAAUACUACUAAGGCUAGCUAGGUCCCUUGAUGGCGUUUACCUACUAUAGUAAAACUCAUUGCAAAAAAAGAGAAUCUGUUAAAAUAGGACCAUGAUUGGUGCACAUCCAGAUUCGACACCUGGGUGUGCACCCCCACAUAAAAAUAAAAAAAUGAAUUGAGU